ACCAACUUUUCUUUUUAAUUUCAACCAAUCAAUCAAUCAAUCAACCGAAGUUGAUUGAUUGAUUGAUUGAAACAAAAACCACAAACAAAAAACAAAAAAACUGGGUCGGGUCGGUUCCCGUUCUGGCCCGUUCGACAUAUUUCAAUCAAUCAAUCAAUCAAUCAAUCAGCGGGGUAGGCAGUGGAUGGAAGGAGCGGAGGAGCGGGGGAAGCAGCAGAGGGAAGAGCGACGGGAAAGGGCGGGAAAGAGAGCCGAGCGAUGGUGCGCAGAGGGCGGCGGAGAUGUGCGGAGGUGGGCGGAGGUGGGCCGAUGUGCGCGGAGGUGGGCGGAGUUGGGCGGAGCCGCGGAGGUAACUGGAGCGAAGAUGGCCGGAGCGGAGGUGAGCGGGCGUAGAGGAGGUGGCCGCGUGGACCGCAGAUGGGCCGAGGUGGGUGGAGGUGGGCAGAGGUGGGCACGUGGAGCGAAGGUCGGCGGAGGUGGGCGAAGGUCGACGGAGGUGGGCGGAGGCGGGCGGAGGGGAUCGGGAUCGGGAUCGGGAAGCGGAAGCGGAGCGAACUUGCCACGUGGCAAUCUUCGCACGUGGGAGGGGGAAGUGGUGAACUUGCCACGUGGCGAUCUUGCGACGUGGCGGUCUUGUCACGUGGGAGGGGGAGGUGGCGAGCUUGCCGCGUGGCGAACUUGCCACGUGGCGAUCUUGCCACGUAGCGAUCUUGCCACGUGGGAGGGGAAGGUGGCAAACUUGCCACGUGGCGAUCUUGUCACUUGGGUGGGGGAGGUGGCGAGUGGAAGCGGAAGCGGGGGGAAAGCGCAAGCAAGGGGGAAAGUCGGGGAAGUGGAAGCGGGGGAAGCAUAGGCGGAAGCGGAGCCCAAAGCGGAGAGCAGCGGACCCUGAAGCGGAAGCGGGGAGAA